UGGGUCACACUAUAGUCCGCUCUCAGUCUCCGCCCAGACAUGGCGCACUUCGCAGCGCUCUGCUUGCUGCUGUCCGUGGGUCGUGUCCAGUCACAGGGUAACUUCUUCAGGACGGAGCUGUUUCCCGAACAGCUGCAGCAACAGCAAGUUCAGUUGGUUCAGCGACAGAUUCAGGAUCACUUGCAGCUGUUGCAGGCGCAGGCUCAGGCAGCUUCAAGCGUGGAGCAGCAGAUAAUAAUCCAGCAGCAACAGUCACAGCUGCUGCAGCAGCUCCAGGAGUCGCAGCGGCAGCAACAGGAACUGCAGCGGCGUCUGCAGGAACAACUGAACGGAUUCUCUCACCAACCGUUCGUCGAGCCUCAAGUGCUUCAGCUUCCCACUCACUUUGAGCUUCAGGAAGCCAUUGAGUUCCCAUCAGAGCCUCCGCCGCCUCCCUGCUCCACUCUGAGCGGAGAGGCCGGUCUCUGUCGACCUCUCGUCAAAUGCAUCACUUUCUACGCCCAAGUUCCCGAGCUUCGAAGGCAGCCCUGCAAGCUGCAAGGACAGGAGCUUGGCGUCUGCUGCCCGCUCAAGAAAAGGCCGACCGUUGUACCGGCUGGGCUGGACCGCCCAAACCACGGGGUGCUGGUACCUCCGCCGCCCCCUUCAGUCGUCAUCCCCCCGUUUAGCCCCGAGCAGCUGAAUAACGCGGCCGUCGUGGCGCUCGAGAGGAUCAGGCAGCGUCUGCAGUUCGUGGCGUCACUGUUCGCCAACAACGUGAUCGUGCAGGUGGGGACGCCAGCCGCCUGGCACCAGGAGUUCUUCCAGACGACGAACGCGACGCUGCAGCAAGGGGAAGAGGCGCAGAAGGGCGUGGAGGCCAGCGUGAGCCUUGUGAACGAGUUCCAGCUGAGCCCGGACCAGGGCCGCUUCGCGCUGCCCACGUUCAGCAUCCUGAACACUGUGAUAGCCGACUCUUGCCCGCGGCCUGCGAAUUGCACCCCGCGGAAGUACCGCUCGGCCGACGGUUCCUGCAACAACCUGCAGAACGAGCGGUGGGGGCGCGCGGGCACCGCCCUCCAGAGGAUACUGCCCCCGAAGUAUGGCGACGGUGUGAAUUCCCCCCGCGUGGCCGCCACGGGGCGGGAGCUGCCCAGCCCGCGCCUCAUCAGCACGCAGUUCGCGACCGAGAGGGACGCCCCGUCGGAGAACUACACGCUCCUCCUCAUGCAGUGGGGACAGUUCCUGGAUCACGACCUCACACACACGCCCAUCAGCAGAGGUCAGAGCGGAAGCGGCCUGUCAUGCUGCCGUGACGGUGACAUCAUAAAACCGGAACUGCGUCAUCCAGACUGCUUCCCAAUUACGCUUCCCCGGAAUGAUCAUAUCUUUGCACGACUGGGGCAGCGGUGCAUGGAGUUCGUGAGAUCGCUGCCCGCCCCGCGUCCGGAGUGCAACUUCGGGCCCCGGGAACAGAUGAACCAGAUAACCGGCUACCAGGACGGGUCCAACAUCUACGGCUCCAGUUUGAGCGCCCAGCGCGAACUCCGCGAGGGGCGAGGUGGGCGAUUGGCCAUCCAGAAUGUGGGCGGGCGACAGCUGCUGCCUGCGAACAGGGGCGAAUGCACGGAUGACGCGGAGCGACUUGCCUGUUUCAAGGCGGGCGACACGCGAGUUAACGAGCAGGUGGAACUGGUGGUAAUGCAUACGUUAUGGAUGCGCGAACACAACCGCGUAGCGGCCGAGCUGGCCAAGUUGAACCCCUCGUGGGGUGACGAGGCCCUGUUCCAGGAGGCCCGUCGCAUCGUAGUGGCGGAGAUGCAGCAUAUCACGUACAACGAGUUCCUGCCGCUCAUUCUGGGUCGCGACUACAUGGAGAAGUUCGAGCUGAGUCCGCGAGAUAGCGGCGCCACUCGGCUGUAUGACGAAUCACUGAACCCAUCAAUAACAAAUGUGUUUGCCACUGCAGCCUUCCGCUUCGGGCACACCCUCAUUCAGAGCCGCAUACUGGGGUUCUCCCGCUUUGGCAACGUGCGAGAAAACCUUGAACUCAGCCAACACCAGUUCGCCCCUUUCGUGCUGUAUGAAAAUGGUGUUCUGGACAACUUAGUUCGCGGACUGUCCACACAAAGCAGCCAGCGCUUCGAUCGUUUCUUCUCAAAUCAGCUGACUGACCAUUUGUUUCAAGGCGACCUGGACUUCGGGUUGGAUCUCGUCGCACUGAACACUCAACGGGGCCGUGAUCACGGCCUGCCACCUUACAAUGACUGGCGGGAAGUUUGCGGUCUUCCGCGGGCCAGGUCCUGGGACAGUUUGUUGGACGUCAUGGAUUCGCAGAGCGUGGCUGCGCUCCAAGAGCUGUACUCUUCGGUGGAUGAAAUUGAUCUAUUCGUAGCAGCCGUUGCCGAGAAGCCGCUACCAGGUGCGCUGCUUGGACAGACCUUUGUGUGUCUUGUUGGUGACCAGUUCGCCCGACUGAGGCGCGGAGACAGAUUUUACUACGAGGAAGGUGGCCAACCCUCUAGCUUCUCGCCACAGCAAUUGGUGCAGCUGCGGAAGGCCAGUCUGGCCAGGAUCUUGUGCGACAACUCAGACGACAUCGCUCUCAUGCAACCGCUGGCCUUCUUCAGAGCCUCCUUUGUGAACCAGAGGGUGGCAUGUGCAAGUGAGUCCAUUCCCCGUGUCGACCUCAGUGCCUGGGCAGGGGAGCGCACCGAAUGAAGACUCAAGCGCAAUAGGGCCACUAGAACUCAAGCCACCUACCCCGUGUUCUUUACUACACGCAUGACAUGUAGCUUGCUAUAAAAGAGGCCGAUGUAGACAAAGCAUGAUCCUACUGCUCGAGUCAUCAGGGACCAGAUUCUGUUGUGAACCUCUUUUUUUAAUCUACUUGAAUACAGAAUGUUCUAUUUAUUUACUGAACGCCGUAUUGGUGAAGCCACCGCUGAGACAUCUAGGAGAACGUAUUCAGCAAUAAACUGAACGCCCGGUAUCACGCUUCCUGGAGACGCUUUAUCCUAGAAGGUCGAUGCUUUCACCAGUUUGCAUUUUAAAAAAAUUAUUAUUUUCUUUCUUCACUUGUCCCUAAAAUGGACUCAUGAAUCUGAACAUAGAAAAUAUAAUAUUCGCUGUGUGUAGUAACAUAGGAAGAUCUUGCCCAUCCUUAUCAAAGGUUCCAAGUGACGAGAGUAGAGAUAAGUACAAGUCUUUGAAUACACGACCGACCAAAAAGAAAGUUGUUUCCAAUGGUUAUUGUGUCAUCUAAUUACUACCUGUUUUCCAGAUUACACGAGAUACCGUUAAAAAUGAAAUAAAUGUGCCAAAAUUGGAAUAUCAA